AUGCCAUUCAUACGCUUGUAUCAGGAAUCCGACAAAGAUGCCAUGGUGCGUAUUUUCCGCGAAACCGCGGCCCCCGAUCUCCGUGCAGCAGGCGAUCCUGUCCUUCAUUAUGCCUCCUUUCUCUGGUGUCGCCCUUACCUGAUGUUAACGCCAGAUUCCUGUCUCGUCCUCGACGACGGCAAUGGUCAAGCCGUUGGAUACCUCCUCGGCGCACCAGACACGCCCUCUUUCGCACAAAAAUACAAGGACAUCUACAUCCCAUACCUAAAGUCCGCAGGGUUCGAGAAGCCCGGCCCUGAUGAAGCAGUUGGGUGGAAUGAAAAUCUGCCAAAUGCACUCAGACAGAUCAUGUACAAUCCUGAUAGCCUGCAACACGGAGAAUAUCCUCAAUUGAUGGAAAAUUUCCCGGCGCAUUUCCAUAUCGAUAUAUUGGGACCGUAUCAGAAACAAGGCUACGGACGACAACUCAUCGAGCGAUUCUGCAAGAUGGUAAAGGAAAAGAGUCCCGGUGUCAAAGGCGUUCAUUUAACCAUGGCAGCGGCGAAUGAGGAUGCCAAAAAGUUUUAUCCACGGGUGGGAUUUACAAAGUUUCCUGUCGUGCUUGAUGGUGGUGCCAGUGGCGAGCAGGGCAGAGAUCAAAAUACCAUCUGGUUUGUCAAGGCUCUACCAUAA